AUGGAUUCCUCUAGAAGAGAUAUUGAGACGGAACUCAAAAGAGUACUCAAACUGUGUCAAUGGGAUCAUCAUGAGAGUGCCAUUGAAAACUUCACAAGUACAAGGCAGAAGCUGAGGAAAAUUAUAAAGAAGUACACAGUGGUUCUGGAACAACCUGUAAUUGUUUUCCUUGGCCAACAUAUCGUGAAAGGGGCUGAAUCCCAACCUCAACAAGGUCAAAAGUUCUUCGUGGACGAUGUGAACCGAAAAAUAGGGACGAUGGAUGCUCCUUUUGAUUUGACAGUGUUUAAUGAUGAAGACAGGUGUAUGUGGUACACUGGUUGGAUAAAAGAAGCAGAAGCUGCUCUGAAGAAGUUACGGUGUGAUAUAACACUUGAAUUUGGAUAUUCAGAGUCUAAUGGUGCCAACAGUCUUUGCUCAGAAGUUGCAGGAAUAUUAAGGCAAUGCUCAGCUUCUCUGUCCGCUUAUCCUCUAUACACAGACGAAUGGCAUGCUGUGUGGCACACACUUCAAAAUAUCUUUGAUGGUGCUGUGGAUUGCUGUGAUCUGUGGAAGGAUGCAAGCAAGAGUCAAAAGAAAAGGCGGGCUUUUUCUGACCUUCUAAAUCUUUUAAAAAGCAGUGGGUUGUCGAGGGACAUAUUUACUGAGGAUGAAGUUAAAUCUUGGUGGUUCGUUCAUCCAUCAUAUGAUGUUCAGCAUCUUCUGCUGACACAAAGUAGACUUCCCUACGGAGAUUCUGAUGCUGCUCUUCCUUUGCCCUAUCAAGAUCUUGUUACUGAAUGGAAAACACCAAUGAAUACUACUUCAAUUGGCAGGCCGGACCCUUUUCUUCACCAGCUCAUCAAAAUACAAAAAAAUCAACAUAAAGCUGCCAAUAAAUUUGCAGAGCAGUUGAGGGACUUGAAGGAAUGCAUUUCUACUUUGGAGAAUUUGGAUUCCACUGAUUCUGAGGAUAAGAGUGGCAAUUGCUCUAUUGGUCAAAAGCAACAUGCCACCUUCAAAUACAUGUGGCAGCAGAAGCAACUAUUUGAUAGUUUGUGUGCCACUUCGCAUGAAGAAUUGUUGCUGCUAAAGACAUUUGAUAAUACCCAUUUAAAGGGUUGUCAAACUGUCAAGAAUGAAGGAAAUGAGUUUCUUGCUUCCAUCGAGAAAUUUAUUCCAGUUCUACAGAAAUCUAAGGAAUCAUUGGACAAUUACCUUCUUGGUCCUGAUAGAGCUAUAGUUACUCUUGCUCGCUCCUCGAAAUGCGUUCUUAUUUCAAAAGACAUGGAACAAUUGGUGUCUCAAAACUUCGAGGUUUUAAAGGAGUUUGAGGAGCAUCUUCUUGUUUUCCAUGCAAAAGAUGUGGAUAAAAGCUCAGUUGAAGAUAUUUUGCUCGGUCAUUUUGUAGAUAUACUUGAGAAGGGGAGGUCAAUGGAAGUGGAGUUCAAUUCAGUGAUGGAUGAGAAAAAUGUGUCAGUUGGUGAACUCGAAAAUGCAUUUUGGGAAGCCCUAAGAAGUACAUUUGAACAUAUCAUGGGGGCAAUGCAAAAAUUAGGUUCACCAAGUAAUGACCAUGUUCAUCCAGACAAAUUGGGGCAAAUUACGUCCUGGGAAAAAGUAUUUGACUCAUUUUUGAAAAAUCUGAGCUUGGACGAUUUACGCAAUAAGCUUCUGAGGACAAUCUUUUAUGCUGGAGAACUGGUGAAUCAUUGCGGUGGAAAUUCUCUGAGUCUUUUACUCAGAAUUGAAGCACAUUUUAAACAUCUAUGUAGGUGUUUGGACAUCUUAUUGAACUUUGGUCAUGCUCUGAUGAAAGAACUUUUAGCUAUGUGCAAAACUGUAUCUUUAAUAAUUCAUAAGCUUGCAAACGUUUUAGCUUUAUAUUCAAAGGGAUCUGGGAUUUCUUCUGAAGACAAAGAGGAUGAUGCUACUGGUGAUAUAUCUCAAGAUAAAAAAGGAACAGGUAUGGGAGAUGGUGUUGGACUGAAUGAUGUCAGUGAUCAGAUUACCGAUGAAGAUCAACUUCUUGGAAUAUCUGAGAAGGCUAGCGAAGAACAAGAUGCCUCAGGUGAAGUCCCAAGUAAAAAUGAUAAAGGGAUAGAGAUGGAGGAGGAUUUUGCAGCUGAUACAUUUAGUGUCAGUGAAGACUCUGAAGAUGAUGCAAAUGAAGAUGAUGCAGAUGAGCAUUUAGAAUCUGCAAUGGGAGAAACAGGAGUUGAUGGUGAAACUGUUGAUGAGAAAGUAUGGAAUAAGGAUGAAGAUGAAAAUGUCAAUAAUUCAAAUGAGAAGUAUGAAUCUGGGAAUUCAGUUAACGAUAGGGAUGCAAGUUCUAGGGAGCUUAGAGCCAAGGAUGACUCUGCUGCCGCCACCAAUGAGCCUGGAGAGCUUGAUUUAAAUGAAAUUGAUGAAGAUAAUGGUGAGAUUGGAAGCCAGGAUGAUCUCAAUGAUGUCGAGAAUGUUGAGGACAUGAACCUGGACAAACAAGAAGCAGUUGUAGAUCCUACAGGAUUAAAUCCCGAUGAUUUGAAUCAAAAUUCUGAUGAAACUAUGGAGUUGGAUGAUCCUGAAAUGCAUGAUGAGCAUGCGGAGAAUGAAGACCAUGAAGAAGAACAUGCAUUUUCAACUGAUGAAACCAUGGGAGAGGCAGAGACAGAGACAGAACAAAUGGAUGCAACUCCUGAAAGGGAUGAUGCAAGUAAGGAUCAUGAAGAUAAUCCUGACAUAAAUUCAGGAUUAAGUAAGGAUGUAUUCGAACUGGGAGAGUCUGACUCAAUGCGUGAUGAUGUGCCCAACACAGAACCUUCGACACAACCUAAGAGUGACUUGAAGGCAUCAGAUCCAAGAGAUGUAGCACCAGAAUCAAACUGGGCAAAUAGCAAUGAUAUUCAUAAUGAGCUUACUCCUAUGAGAGGUUUACCUUCCACAAAUACCUCAGAGCUGGAUAUGAUGAUUUCUGAGGCAUCAGAUAAUGGUAAAAAUGUUGCUGAGCAACCAAAAAGUCAACUUCCUAGGCAAGAAUCUUCAUCUGAGAGGAAAAGCAAACCAAACCCUUACCGUAGUGUUGGGGAUGCACUCAAGGAGUGGGAGGAAAGAGUUAAAGUGUCUGUUGAUCUUCAGGAAGGUGACGUGGAGCCACAAGAUGAGAUCAAGAAUGAAAAUGCAGAUGAGUUUGGAUACGUUUCUGAGUAUGAAAAGGGGACAGCUCAGGCUUUGGGACCUGCAACAUCUGAACAGAUUGACAGAAAUGUAGAUGGUAAUAAGUCCAAUGCGGGUGAAGAUGAUCGUACAACACAUAAAGAUGGCCUUGUUGACAUGGAAAUUGAGAAUAAAAAAUAUGAAGCACAGCCUAGCAGGAGUCGUGCUUCAAUGCUCCAAGAUAAGAUAGAGGAUCAGAUGCAUCUUUCUGGUAUAGAAAAAUUGCCAGGCGAUGAGUAUCAAGAUAUUCAUAGCCGUCAUGAUGGUGAUCCCAAAAGCAUAGUAGAGGAUGUAGUUUCUGUGCAGACGUCCUACUUCAGUGAUGACAUGCAUCAGCUCAGUAAACUUUCUGUAAAUGACAGUGACAUGGGAAAAGCACAAGUUGCUGGCGAAUUUUCUGAUGAUGUUGUGGGCAAUGCUACUGUUCUCUGGAGAAGAUAUGAGCAGACCACAACAAGAUUGUCCCAGGAAUUGGCUGAACAAUUACGUCUUGUCAUGGAGCCUAAUCGAGCCAGCAAGCUUGAAGGGGAUUAUAAGACAGGCAAGCGGAUUAACAUGAAGAAGGUGAUUCCAUACAUGGCCAGUCAUUAUCGGAAAGAUAAAAUAUGGCUGAGACGGACCCGUCCUAACAAACGUGAUUAUCAAGUUGUCAUUGCUGUUGAUGAUUCCCGUAGUAUGUCUGAGAGCUGCUGUGGUGAUGUUGCUAUUGAAGCUUUGGUAACGGUAUGUCGUGCAAUGUCCCAACUAGAAAUGGGCAACCUGGCUGUUGCAAGCUUUGGAAAGAAAGGUAACAUAAGGUUGCUACAUGACUUCGAUCAACCUUUUACUGGAGAGGCUGGAAUCAAGAUGAUCUCGAGUUUGUCAUUCAAGCAGGAGAAUACUAUUGCUGAUGAACCAGUUGUUGAUCUUUUGAAGUAUCUAAACAACAAGCUAGAUGAAGCAGUUGCAAGAGCACGACUUCCCUCUGGAUGGAACCCACUAGAACAGCUCGUUUUGAUUAUUGCGGAUGGUCGUUUCCAUGAGAAAGAGAACUUGAAGCAGUGUGUUAGGGAUGCCUUAGCUAGGAAACGUAUGGUUGCAUUUUUGCUUCUUGAUAAUCCACAAGAGUCCAUAAUGGACCUCAUGGAAGCAUCUUUCGAGGGUGGGAAUAUUAAAUUUUCGAAGUACAUGGACUCUUUUCCUUUCCCAUUCUACAUUGUACUAAGGAACAUUGAAGCACUUCCUAGGACUCUUGCUGAUUUACUGAGACAGUGGUUUGAGCAGGCAUGCAAAAAUACUUGA